CUUCACUUUCACUUCGUCUGGGGAAGUGGGAGGGUAUGAACAAGGAGGAGGAGGAGGAGGAGGAGGUAAUGGAAACGGGGAAGAUAGUGAUAGAGAAAGUGAGGGGCAAGUCGACAGUCACCAAAUCAUUCUCCAAGUAUCCCCUCAAGUUCAUCAUCCCUCGCAAGGUUGCUCAGUCUUGUUUUUUCCUCGGUCUUGUUCAUGCCCUUUUCAUUUCUUUCUUCUAUCCGCCAAAUUCAAGACUGAAUCGCUUGUUUCUCCAGGGAGAUGCUAUUUCUUGUAAGCUUGAGAUUGGAGAUGGUUGCACAGCUGUCUUAACAACUCAAUCUUCCACUAAGUUAAGGGUGUUGCAGGUUUAUAAGUCUCUGGGAUCAAAAUGCUCUGAACAGUACCUUGAGGCAGAAAUUGGGAGCGACUCCAUGUUGGUUCUCAUUCCGGAUCCAGUGACUUGUUUUUCCACUGCGAGGUACUUCCAAAAGCAGGUUUUUAGGGUGCGUUCGGAUUCAAACUUGGUCCUAGUCGACUGGAUUACAAGCGGACGGCAUGAAAGCGGAGAAAAAUGGGAUUUCACGCUUUAUAAGAGCACCAACAACAUUUUCUUAGAGGGUGAGCAGCCUUUAUUUCUCGACACGGUAUUGCUAGAGCAGGGAAGUAUUGUUCCUCUGGCAGAACGCAUGCAGGAUUAUCAAGUCAUUGCAAUGGUUGUACUUUUAGGGCCAAUGUUGAGGCAUAUUCAAGGCCAAGUUCAAGAAGAUGUAAAGAGGAUGAUGGCCGAGCAACUACAAGGUUCUCCUGUUCGAUGGGAUUGCCAGAUAACUUCCAAUACACGUGAUUUUGCCAAAAAACCAUCCUUAAUAGCGUCUUGCAGUGCCUUUGGCCAUAAGGGAGGAGGGAUCAUUGUUCGAAUAGCUUCCUUGACAACCGAAUCAGUUUAUCAAUUCCUGAAGCAUCAAUUAGCUGGCUUGGAGGCAUUGCUGGGGGUGUUGCCUUACUCUUGAAGAAUUGCGGGUAACAGGAGCUCUCACCCAGCCUUUUCUGGUCCGCACGCAAAGUUGUCAAAAAGGUUGACCAACGUUCUUUAUUUAGGUAUGUGUCAAAAAGGUUGCUGUCUUGGUGACAGAGGUUUUGAUUGUUGCUGUUCUUGUAUAUCCCGGCUCAACAUCAAGAAGCAUAUCCCAGCUCCAUAGAAAUUGUGUGUUGACAGUUCAAAAUUUGUUAAUUUUUCCGAGUUCCCGUUUCGAUACA